CCCCGACUGGUUCGGUGCAUUGUUACAGGUUUCAAAAAAUCCAGCAGUAUUCUUUGCAUUGAUAAGCGAAUGAACAAAAGCAAUUAAGAGGGCGCUAAUCAGCAGGUCUGAAGUGACUUUCAUGGCUGCUUCCGUUGUACUGUUUGUUGCCUGUUGCGCGUGACUGUCACAGCACGCUCGUUGAAUUGUUGAGGAUUAUUAUAAAAGUGUUUGAAGUGCUUUUUUAUAAGUGGGGCUAUGAGAAUAUGGCAAUUUUAACGCUUGACGGUAGCACUUUUUUAGUACUGAAUUUCAGUGACUGAAGAAUAAUCACAAAGAGAAAUGGUUCGUACACUUUCUUAUUCUGUGAUUUUGUUGUUGGCUUGCAUCGCAGAACUCUCAAGUAUUUCACAAGCCGCAUACAGAACAUGUAACGAAGCUCCUCCCCAAACCGGAAUCUAUUGGAUAAGUCCAACCAAUGGCGGUGCACCCUUUCAGGCUCUCUGUGAGCAGGAAAAAUACGCCGGAGGUUGGUUGGUCAUCCAGAAUCGCGUUGAUGGUACAACGGUAUUCAAUCGCAGUUGAAACGAUUACAAAUACGGGUUCGGAGAUUUGAGGCACAACUUUUGGUUGAGAUUAGAAAAGAUGCACCAGAUUACAAAUGCUGCUGCUUACGACAUGAUGGUGGUGUUGGAAAAUUUUCAAGAUUUCAUGGCCUUCGAAAAGUAUGAAAACUUUCGAAUCAACAGCGAAACCAAUCAGUACAGUCUCAGUGUUUCCGCGGUACAUGAUGGCACGGCAGGGGAAUCACUCUUCAUUUACAAUGGGAAAAAAUUUAGUACCUACGAUCGGGACAAUGACGUCACGUCCAUAAAUUGCGCUGCGGAACUGGGUGGCGGCUUUUGGCACUAUGAUUGUCGCACUCUGCUUGAAACCAGAAGUUUCCUGAAUGGAUUGUACAGUGAAAAAGCUCUGGACAAUGGAAGCGGAAUUUGGUGGGGUGGUUUUGGAAGUUUUCGAAAACCCCUGAAAAAAGUGAGAAUGAUGCUAAAACUACGCCAUUAAAUUUGUAAAAUCCAAUCUGGCUUUAUUUAUAAUAAUAUUUGAAAUAUUUGUUGGUAACUAAAAAUAUUGUUUUAUAAGUUUUUGGCAGUACACCUAAAUGCCAUCAAAUAUUUUUUUUCUCUGAAGAAAUUUUAUUUCACGAAGCCUAUGUAAGCUAACGUAAGUGCAAAAAAUCGGUGUUCCGAAUAAAAUCACAACCUCCAUCGCUUAAGCUGAAAUCGACAAAGCAGAUAAACUCUACUCGAGCCGGACGACACGGCUGCCCACGUUCCGAGAACCGGUGUUUGUUCGAUUGAGUUCGCAAAAACGAUGGAAAAAGUGACCUCAGCCACAAUUGCCUAAGUGCUUCGCAAUUGCCAUCACAAGCGAGAGCCUGUGAGCGGAGCUGAUAUGGACGAAUUUCCCUGCGAUUGUUCCGGCCUCUUAUCGUAAGUGCCACCCGGUUCGGUAGGUAGUGUCUAGGUAGGUACAAUUUUGAUCCGAUAUAACGUACUUCCGUUUAAUCUUAUUAGAACGUAAUCCCACAUGGGUGCGGAAGAGAGCUGCUAGCCGAAGGAAUGGAAAUGGAAAAAGAAUCCCUUCUUCAGCGAGUAACCGUUCAGGCUUUUCCAUUACCAUCGAUGACGAUGACGAUGAUGAUGAUGUUCAAUUGUGCAACGGAACCAGAAACCAAUUGCUGCAGUGUAGCUUUUCGUAUUUGUUGCCGCAGGUUUGUUGUACCAACAUCUUCGUGCUGGGUCAGGUGGGGUAAAUCUAAAAUUUAUAGAACUGGACAUUUAUUGUUGACAUUGUAAAGAUGAGAACUUUUUAGAUGCUCAUUGUCACAAUUUAUUUAUUGAUUCGAACGUUGUUGGUCACGUGUUCCAGAUUGCGUGGAAGGCAACUUUUGGUUAGUGUCAAUCCAGCAAGUUGCUCUGUUAUGGUCGUUCAUGCUUUCCCAGAAGCGGAUACCGUGGCUUUACAUCACUCUUGGUGCCCCAGAAGUGCUCGUACGAAGGUGUACACCCCAGCAUCAUCCCGUUGGCUCACACUGAGCGAGCGAAUGACUAGGAUAAUCGAAUCUUGGUGUGCAAGCACCGAAAUUCUAUUACGAACCUCUAACCCAUCUGGGAACGAGAGAGAUUCCAACGGUUACUUCUACCUUCCGAUGCGUCCAAAGGGAUGGCUGCAUUCGUCACAAAGGUGACACGGAAGUGAUUAAAUUUGAUGAAAACUGAACCGCUUCCAUUUAGUUGCGAGUGCUGAUGCAACACACCGCUGCCGGUGGCAACAAAGACAACACACCGGUGACGAUGACGGUAUCUGAAACGAAGAUGCUCAAGCCAUGGCAGCCGUCAGCGCUUUUGACCGGCAUCUCAAUGGGACGAGCAACUUUCCAUAGGUGUUACUUUUGGGAAAAUGGUAGCUGUUUAAUGUAGUUUUCCGCUGCCUUCCAUACGCGUUUGUAUUUACAUAAUGUGUUUAUCAGACACGUAUUUAAAUUUUAAAUUUAUCUCAGAGAAAAAGUUCAGAAAGAUACACAAGCAGAACAUUUCAAUGUUUUGAUGAUUUAUUUUACUAUACGGUCUGUUCACACUGUAAUAUGUGACAUUCGAAACGAUAAACGCUGAAUCACUAAAUUUCCAUGUGUAUAUAAAAGUAAAUAUUUACUAGAAUUGUUUCAUAUUCUCAGUUUCAUUAGUCCAUCGUCAAAUUCACUUGGUAUAAAAUAUAUAACACUAUUAUCAUACUAGUGUCGCAAAGGUUUGACA